AUGGCCGAAUCAAAGGAUAGUUUGGUCGUGGACCCUGUUAUUUCGGCUCUACCAUCUCAGUCUUCACUCUCUUUGGUCUCGGUCAAACUGCCUCCCUUUUGGGCAGUGCAACCCAAGGUGUGGUUUGCCCAAGCCGAGGCUCAAUUCGUGCUGCGAGGCAUAGUGACGAAGGAGACAAAGUAUCAGUACCUUGUGGCUUCUUUGGAUCAAGAUGCUGCGAAACGGGUUGUCGACCUAAUCUCGGAUCUUCCUUCAAAAGGAAAGUACGAGAUGUUGAAGACCCGGUUAUUGGCCACCUUUUCCCUUUCGCCUUAUCGAAUGGCCCAACUCCUUUUGGAGACCUUGCCCUUGGGGGACAGGCGCCCUUCACACCCGCCUACAUCGAAAGUGGGGAAAGAAGGCUUUUCGUUGUGA